GGUGUACCAGGGGCCACUAAACGCAACGGGCGGGGAGACUUCCACUCGACUAACACCGAACGGUACUAGAGUCGCUCUGGCGGUGUUGUUGGCACCUUCGACUAAACUAUUCUUCUUCAUCCUCAUCCACCCUCUGUACCCGAUCGUCUAUUUUUAUUUUAUUCUCUUCUUACUCGUUUUUUUCUCCCUGUUCUCCUUCCUCAUUCUCCCGGCUGGGCCAUCAUGCUUACAGAUCCCCGGGGACUGUCGCAAUGCCAUGAGAAGUCGCUCUCCUUUCCGCCCCUCGACUGCCGCAAGUAUGACCUCCGAUAAACAAAACAACAAACCCUUCACUCCCACCCUCAGUGCCGCCUUUCACCGUUCCAGCAAAUCCCCCUUGACCCCGAAGCUGGCCACUCCAGGGGGGUACCGUACUCCGAAACGAUUGGCUCCCUCCGACGUCUCCUCGUCCUCCUCCAGACCCGAUUCCGAUUCCCUCCUGAGUGCCAACGUUACCCCACGGUCGGGCUCUCGCAUCACCCGACGAGAUGGUACCCCGUCCACCACCGGACGCAACUCGCCCCAGACCCCCUAUGUGCAGGCCAGCGUCGUACACCACGGCUCCAAUGUCGGAUCAUACCGGACGGAUCGCAGUCCUGUCCGCGCAGGGCCAGGGAGAUUGGAGCCGGCCAGGGCCACGAGAGCCAAGGCCUUUACGAAUGAACCUCACCAGCUGUCUCGCUCGAAUUCCGCCUCGGAGGGUGCGUCGGCCUCGCCCAUGUUCUUCCACGCCUCUGACGCGCGGUCCUCUCCUUCCGAACUAGAACCUCAUGCCCCUCCUGCUUCUGCUCCUCGGCCGCGACCGGGAAAAGCACCCGCGCAACAGACAACCUUCAUCUACGCCAACGGAGCCGAGGAGCCCAAAUCCGACGGGCCGGUCGAGUCUACGGCCUACAAGCGACGGUCAACCGGGCUGUCUCGAUCGGUGGUGGGUGCCAAACCGCCUCCCUCCGCCUCGCCACGCAUCAUGUCGCCGAAACUGGGCCAUGCCACGCCGCGGCUGUCCGACGGACUGCUGCCCUCGCAAGUUGGGUCGCAGGUAGGGUCGCAGGACGGCUCGUCGGAGGUGGGCUCUCGCGUUCACAGCCCUCCCUCAGGGAGUUACUCGCCGCGACUUCCGGCAUCGACACCACGACACUUUAAAUCCUCGAGUAUGGACUCCGGUCCGGGGGCCGGAGCUGCCACCUCGCCGCGAGAGGCUCUCCGACCGAGUCCGAUCAUCGUCUCGCCAGGGGACGCCAAACUCGACGCCGGCGGUCUCGCCUCGGAACCGAUCCCCCUUCGCCCGCGGAUUUUCAGUAAUGGGUCGACCGCGUCGGCAGAUACGUACGCCUCGGCGCAGCAGAGCCCGGUGAAGGAGAACCCCGCGCCGAAAGACGAUGCGGCGGCGACGGCGCGCACGGAGCGCAAGAUCAUGGACCUAGAGAUCAGCAACUCCUCACUACUAGCGAUCAACCGCACGCUCGAGCGCGAGAUGCGGAAACAAAACGCCGAACUGCGUCGAUUCCGCCGGCUCAGCCGGUCCGGUCGGCUGUCCGUGGCGCCAUCGACGCGCUCGGUGUCGGGCACCUCGCUUGGCAUCAUGAGCGAGCUGGACGAGGGCAGCGAACGCUCGUCCAUGCGCUCGCCUGACGAGCUGUCGGACUUUAGCGACUCGGAAUCCACGGCCGACGACGGGGUCAUGAGCCCGGAUUCGCUGGCCGAUCACGACGCGCGACACCAAGCACGCGAUGAGAAACGGUUCUUCGUCGACCUCGCCAAGCACCAGGAAUUGCUGGCGGAUAGCCAACGCAUGAACCAGAGCCUGAAGCGCUGUCUGGGGUGGACAGAGGAAUUGAUCUCCGAGGCGAAGAAGGCCCUGGAAUACAACGUGCAUGUCAACGACGUAAAACUAGGCGGACGAGUCCUGUCACCAGAAGAGCUGAACGAGAUUGGCGAAAUGGCGCGGGACAUGGCGCUGCCGGAGGAUUCUGACUCUCAUUCCGAUUCCAAUUUCGAGCACGAAUCUGAUCUCGAUCUGCCUGCAUCAGAGUCCGCGACCGUGACAGCAGAAACAUAACUAAAUACCCAACAUCUACUUCUUUCUUUCUUUUGUUUCUUUUUACUUUUUCUUUUUCUUUUUCUUUUCUUUUACUUCAAGGCCUGUUCUUCCGAGCCAGCGAAUACCCUUUCAUUCUUUUGAUUGACUCAGUUUUUCUCUAUCUUUUAUCCUUCCGUUUCACUCACAGCAGAGCAGAGACAGAGAUUAGACAGCCGGCCUUGUCUUCUUCCUUCUUCCAUCUAUCAAAUCGAUCUAUGGACCUUAAUACGCAUACACAUGGUAUCAUUUCCUUGCUCUUUUUCCUUCUCAUUCUCAUGUUCUCAUUCCAUUUCCAUUUCCCAGUUUCCUUACUAUGCUCUGCUUCGACUUUGUUCUGUGCUCUUCUGUUCUACUGUUUUAUUUCGAACGUUCGGACUCUGUAAACGAUAGAAAGCGGCGAUUAGGUUGGGUUAGGUCAGGUUAGGUUCUGCUAGAUUAGGGCGAUAUGAUUAGAACUAGUACAGGGAGAUCUGGUACUUUAGAUAGAUACCCGAUGUUUUAAUGAUUUGAUGUGAGAUUUUGAUUGAUUUGACUUCUCGUCAGGAACUGGCGUCUUUAUUUCAUCCUCUACUUCUCACCCUCUCUUGUUUGUUGGUUUUUUCUUUCUUUAUUACCUUCCCUUCUCGCUCUGCUUGGGUUCCUUGGAGACCUGACUUUAUAAAGACCCGGUUGGCUAGGUUACUACUGACCACCAUGGCUCCAGGGGCACCAAAUA